AUGGGAGAGAUGGAAUCGAGUGUGCACACAUCGGGGAAAUCUUCGGCGGAUCUUUUCGGAGUCGCGGAAGAAAAUCGAUUGGUGUAUAUCGAGCCAGAGAUAGUAGAUGGAGGCCUUCGAAUUCCACCUGAGCUUGAAGACGAAGGAAUCGCGCGCUGGCAACACUGCUUGGUGGGGAAAUUCCUCUCUACUUCCCCCCAUAUCCGUCAAGUCCAAUCAUGGGCGAAUCGUUUGUGGGGUAAAAAGGGUUCAGUUAGGGUUUCUUGGCUGGGUGAUCGUCUGCUUCUUUUCCAAUUCCCGACUGCGGAAACGGCGCACUGGGUGUUCUCGUGCAGUCCUUGGCAUUUGAGGAGCGAUAUGUGCUACUUGAGGAAGUGGGAGCCAAGAAUUCGAGCUGAGGAGCCUCGUACAAUGAUUCCUAUCUGGGUGCGUUUUCUGUACUUGCCUCUUGAGCAUGUAACUCGGCGAAUCUUGACGCGGCUGGCAAGUAAGCUAGGGCGGCCUCUAUGGUUUGAUAAGUCUAGUAGGCUUGGCAGAAGACUUGGUUACCCUAGGGUCUGUGUUGAGAUGGGUGUUGAUUCAGAGUUCCCGGAUUUCCUACAACUUGUCCCAGAUCGUAGGCCUGCUUACACUAUCAGUAUUGAAUAUUGUAACAAGCCAGAGAUGUGUGAGAAGUGCAGCAGAUUUGGUCAUAACUGUGAGAAGGAAGUUCAGGAGUCUUUGGAUACUUAG